AUGGCCAGUCCACCUCCAUCCUACGGCGAACCUCCUCCCCUCCAAAGUUACCGCCGGUCCUUUACUGCUCCUCCACGCGCACUCUCCUUCCAUGAAAAAGCUGCAUUGGACAAAUCAGACGCUGAUGCCGAUAUUCUAUACUCCCAUCCCUCGGCGCGCAUUAUUGCCUUCUCCCCUCCAACAGAAUCCAUCCCUCCACAGAGCAAAGAGACUCCACCUGAUGUCGACUACCCAAUUGACACGGUAGAAACCCUGCCAUGGCGAUCGCGCUCAGAGAUUCUGGCUUCAACCGGUGCCAUCGUAAUAGAGAAGGUCCGUGGCUCCAGCUAUUUUCUGAAAUCCGCCGAUCAGAAGGUCAUCCACACCAUCAUGCGAAAUUCCCAAUGCUGGUGUGUCGAUGGGGAAUCCAAAUUUGUCUUGCGCAGAGGGAAGUUCAGAUACUACAGAAUUGAGCUGCCUUCAGAAACGGAAGAGGACAAGAAGAAAGUGGAGGAACUUAAAGCCGCUCUGCCAAAAGUACUCCGAUUUGAGAGGACGCCAUGUCCAUUUAAGCGCGCAUUCCACGUGGAUCUGCCAGAAGACGCAAUAACACCUCGGAGGAAGGGGACCUGGAAACGAAGACAGCCACCAGAACCGACCACUCCUAAUACCGAUCCAUUGCCCGCCGGGCGUACAAAGACUUCACGAGCGUGGAGUUUUCAAGGACAAAACGGCUUGAGGUCCGUCCAGACUUAUGGGCGUCGUGGGUCAGACUAUGGCUACAGCCCAAGUCCAAGCUCAUCUCGUUCACGGCCCGGGGCUGAUGGAUAUAGGUCCUCGACCCCGUCUAGUGUUGCUUCCAGUGAGGACCCCCAUGAAAGACGGCAGGAUGACGAGUAUAGCGAGGAUGGUUCGCAGCACGGUGACGAGCGCGAGGACUUUGUUUCAAGACGAAGUCUUGCUCGGAAUACAGUCGCAGCUUCCCGGCUGCAGCAACUGUUGGCAGGGGAUAAAGGGCAUGUGAAUGCGAAGCCAGCCGAAUCGGACGACGAAGGUAGUCGAGCCGAAUCUUCGGAGGAUGCAAUUCCUACACAGCCUAUUACCCCGCCCACAGUCGGAGAUGGAGCCGACCCAGCUGUCGAAGUGACUCCAACGUCAGAACAGUCUCCAGAAGGUGCUAUAGACGAACCACCUGGCGAGACAAAUGCGCCAGGACCAGGGGAGGGCAGGCUAGAAAUUGAGCCUCCCCAGGCGGAAAGCUGCUCAGGAGAAGAUCACGGAGAGGAUCAGUCAGAAGGGCAUCAUCAGGGCACGGAAGCUUCCGUGGAGGUAGCUGCCGAGAAAUCAGAACAAACUGCAGCAACGCCUAUGUCCACUGAGCCCGAAUCCGACCCGGCUCAAUUAAACCUCAUUGAGCCACCUGCGGACGAUGAGGGUGUUGAGGCCACAAUAGAGCCACCUGCGACCGAUGAUAUAGGGGGACCUGAAGCAUCCCCGCCAUUGAAACCAGAAGAGGACUCUAAGGCACAUGAAGUGGUCGAGGUCGCCAGAAAUCAGGGUUCUCUUAGCAGGGUCUCGAGUGUCGACUCCUUCUACACGACAGAUUCCUUAGCACCAGAGCCGCUCGAUGAACAUGUCCAGGUUAUCGACUUUGAACAACGUCGUCCUGCAGAAGGGUACCCUCCUUUCUUUUUGAAUAGAAAUCAGCAUCAAAGAGGUCUCUCGGAGCUUACAGUCACGGCGUCCACUGUGGAAUCCGAACAAAGUCCAAUGAAGCGGCCCUCGACCAGCGACUCCAUGGACAAGUCUUCAACUCCGGAACUCGCGCAAUCUUCCAUGUCAGAUUCGUCUUGGCCGGAUGUUCAUACACCUCCAACGUCGCCGAGCAAAGACGGAUUGAGACGGCGCUUGCACGCCAAACGAUCCUUUUCGCCUCUCCCACCAUCCACCACUCUGCUAUCACCUUCGCCCUCUCCGACAAACUAUGGAAGUCCCUUCACUGCGGAUUUCCUGCAAAAAGCCGCUAAUGUUGCAUUCGUCAAACCCAUCGAAGCCGUUGUCCUGCUGGUCCACAUUCUAGCUCGAAUAGCCGGGGGUGCCACGGUGAGUGACUUGCUGAGUGGCGAGUUGUUUCGCAGGCCGGAAGCACACCGGCGAAGGUCGAGCUUUCCCGACCAGCCGUCGGCGCCGAGGGAUGACAGUGAGGAGGAAGAUGACUUUGGAGUGCCAAUCAGAGGACGAACGAGAAGUCAUGAUCCCGGUAUGAGGACUGCUACAACAAAGACCGUGACAACAAAAGAUGACGACGCAGACUCCAUCUUUGAUCUGGAUUAG